AUGGCCGCCUUCAAAGUUCACGACCCCAGUCACCCUGUGCCCACUUACCAGGGUGUGGGAUGCUGGCUCCGCCCCUUCCAGAGCUACGUGCCUAUUCUGAUACACGGGGCCGAGAUGUGCUCCCUGUCCCUGAAACUGGGGGCGUCUCCUGGAACCUCCCUGUGCGUGUCCGCAUCCCCAACAAAGCACCUGACCUUCGUCCCCUCCGCCAUCCUCUUCCCCACCAUCAGCCCCCCAAACCCCGCGCACAACGGCCGGGUGUGCAGCACGUGGGGCGACUUCCACUACAAGACCUUCGACGGCGCCGUCUUCCGCUUCCCCGGGCUGUGCAACUACGUCCUGUCCGCGCACUGCGGCGGCGCCUACGAGGACUUCAACGUGCAGCUGCGGCGCGGCGUGGCCAACGCCAGGCCCACCAUCACCCGGGUGGUCCUCAGGAGCCAGGGGCUGGUGCUGGAGGCCUCCAAUGGCUCCGUGCUCGUGGACGGGCAGCGGGUGAAGCUGCCCUUUGCCCGCGCUGGCCUCCUGGUGGAGAAGAGCGGCAGCUACAUCAAGGUCAGCGUCCGGCUGGUGCUGACCUUCAUGUGGAACGGCGGGGACAGCGCCCUGCUGGAGCUGGAUCCCAAGUACACCAACCAGACGUGUGGCUUGUGCGGAGACUUCAACGGGCUCCCGGUGGCCACUGAGUUCUACGCCCACAAUGCCAGGCUGACGCCCCUACAGUUCGGGAACCUGCAGAAGAUGGACGGGCCCACAGAGCAGUGCCAGGACCCCCUGCCCUCAGCAGCCGACAACUGCACAGACGAGGAGGACAUCUGCCGCCGCACCCUGCUCAGCGCUGCCUUCAGCCCCUGCCACGCACUGGUGGACCCCGAGGCCUACGUGGCCGCCUGCAUCCAGGACCUGUGCCGCUGUCCUACCUGCCCGUGCGCCACCUUCGCCGAGUAUUCCCGCCAGUGUGCCCACGCCGGGGGCCAGCCGCAGAACUGGAGGCGCCCAGACCUCUGCCCCGCCACCUGCCCCCUCGGCAUGCAGCACCUCGAGUGCGGCUCGCCCUGCGCCGACACCUGCUCCAACCCCGAGCGUGCCCAGCUCUGCGAGGACCACUGUGUGGACGGCUGCUUCUGCCCAGAUGGCACUGUGUGGGAUGACGUUGGCCAGACGGGCUGCGUGCCCUUGGAGCAGUGCUCCUGCACCCACGGCGGCCGCACCUACGCCCCAGGCGCCUCCUUCACCUCCAGCUGCAGUUUCUGCACCUGCUCCGGGGGACGGUGGCAGUGCCAGGACCUCCCGUGCCCAGGCACCUGCUCAGUCCAGGGUGGGGCCCACGUGUCCACCUACGACGAGAAGCUGUACGACCUGCACGGGGACUGCAGCUACGUCCUGUCCAAGAGAUGUGCAGACAGCAGCUUCACGGUGCUCGCCGAGCUGCGGAAGUGUGGCCUGACAGACACUGAGAACUGCCUCAAAGCUGUGACACUCAGCCUGGACAGCGGGGACACGACCAUCCGGAUCCAGUCCAACGGGGCAGUGUUCAUGAACAGCAUCUACACCCAGCUGCCCGUGUCCGCAGCCAACAUCACCAUCUUGAAGCCCACAUCCUUCUUCAUCAUCCUGAACACGGCCCUCGGGCUGCAGCUCCAGGUGCAGCUGGUGCCACUCAUGCAGGUCUUCCUACAUCUGCUCCCGGAGCACCGAGGCCAGAUGUGCGGCCUCUGCGGGAACUUCAACCAGAACCAGGCCGAUGACUUCCGCGCACUCAGCGGCGUCGUGGAGGGCACCGCCGCCGCCUUCGCCAACACCUGGAAGACCCAGGCCGCCUGCCCCAACGUCAGGAACAGCUUCGAGGACCCCUGCUCCCUCAGCGUGGAGAACGAGAACUACGCCCAGCACUGGUGCUCCCUGCUCACGCACCCCGCCAGCGUCUUCGCAGCCUGCCACGGGGUCGUCAACCCCACGCCCUUCCACUCGAACUGCAUGUUCGACACGUGCAACUGCGAGAAGAGCGAGGACUGCAUGUGCGCGGCCCUGUCCUCCUACGUGCGCGCCUGCGCCGCCAAGGGCGUGCUGCUGGACGGCUGGAGGGACGGCGUCUGCACCAAGUACAUGAGCAACUGCCCCAAGUCCCAGCGCUACGCCUACAUGGUGGACAGCUGCCAGCCCACCUGCCGUGCCCUGAGCCAGGCCGACGUGACCUGCGCUGUGGACUUUGUGCCCGUGGACGGAUGCACCUGCCCCCCAGACACCUUCCUGGAUGACGCCGGCGCCUGCGUGCCCGCCGAAGCCUGUCCCUGCUACUUCCGGGGCUCCAUCGUGGCACCCGGGGAGGUGGUGCAUGACAACGGCAUAGUGUGCUCGUGUUCUAACGGCAAAUUAAGCUGCCUGGGAGCAGAAGAGCAGAAGAGCAGAGGGUGUGUGGCCCCCAUGGUGUACCUGGACUGCAACAAUGCCUCAGCUGGCACCCCGGGGGCCGAGUGCCUUAGGAGUUGCCACACGCUGGACGUGGACUGUUUCAGCACACACUGUGUGUCCGGCUGUGUAUGCCCCCUGGGGCUGGUGUCUGACGGGAACGGAGGCUGCGUGGCUGAGGAGGACUGCCCCUGUCUGCACAACGACGCCACCUACCGGCCUGGGGACACCAUCCGGGUGGAUUGCAACACCUGCACCUGCAAGAACCGGCGGUGGGAGUGCAGCCGGCGGCCCUGCCUGGGCACCUGCGUGGCCUACGGGGACGGCCACUUCAUCACCUUCGACGGCGAGCGGUACAGCUUCGACGGGAGCUGCGAGUACACGCUGGCCCAGGACCACUGCGGCAGCAGCACCACCAACGGGACCUUCCGCAUCGUCACCGAAAAUGUGCCCUGUGGGACCACUGGUGUCACCUGCUCCAAAGCCAUCAAGAUCUUCCUGGGGAGCUACGAGCUGAUCCUGCACGAGGGGACUCACAAAGUGGUGCAGAGGGGGCCUGGCGAGGAGCUGCCCUACAAGGUCCGACUCAUGGGCAUCUACCUGGUGGUGGAGACCCGCCACGGCCUGGUGGUGUCCUGGGACCGCAGGACCAGCGUGUUCAUCCGGCUGCGCCAGGACUACAAGGGGAGGGUCUGCGGGCUCUGCGGGAACUUUGACGACAAGGCCAUCAACGACUUCACCACGCGGGGCCAGUCCGUGGUGGGCAACGCCCUGGAGUUCGGCAACAGCUGGAAGUUCUCCCCGUCCUGCCCGGACGCGCCUGUCCCCAGAGACCCCUGCACGGCCAACCCCUACCGCAAGUCGUGGGCCCAGAAGCAGUGCAGCCUCAUCAACAGCGCCACCUUUGCCGCCUGCCACGCUCAGGUCGACCCCUCCAAGUACUACGAGGCCUGCGUGAGCGACGCGUGUGCCUGCGACUCGGGCGGGGACUGCGAGUGCUUCUGCACAGCCGUGGCCGCCUACGCCCAGGCCUGCCGUGACGUGGGCGUGUGCGUGUCCUGGAGGACCCCCGACAUCUGCCCCUUGUUCUGUGACUACUACAACCCCCACGGAGAGUGUGAGUGGCACUACGAGCCGUGCGGGGCCCCCUGCCUGAAAACUUGCCGCAAUCCCAGUGGGCGCUGCCUGAUGGACCUGCCGGGCCUGGAAGGCUGCUACCCGAGGUGUCCUCCCAGCAAGCCGUUCUUCAGUGAGGAGGUGAUGAGCUGCGUGGCGCGGUGUGGCUGCUACGACGAGCAGGACAAUUACUACGAUAUUGGGACCAGCAUCCCCACAGCGGAGAACUGCCAGCGCUGCAACUGCACCGCUGCUGGGGUCCAGUGCACACACAGCCCUGAGGCCUGCACCUGCAUCUACGAGGGCAGGACCUACGGCUACAAGGAGGUCAUCUACAACACAACCGACGGGCUGGGCGGCUGCCUGCUCGCCGUCUGCGGAGACAAUGGCACCAUCACCCGCACGGCUGUGGACUGUCCGGGAACCCCAGCCACGACACCCUUCACCUUCACGACCACUGCAGCCCCCAUCCCGACAACAGGCUGGGUGCCCACCGUCUCCACUGUGUGCGUGCGCCAGCGCUGCCAGUGGUCCAGCUGGUACGACAGCAGCCGGCCCCAGCCGGGCAUGGGAGGCGGAGACUUCGAGACCUUCGUGGGGCUGAGGCAGAAGGGCUACCCCGUGUGCGCGCAGCCGGCCGAGGUGGAGUGCCGGGCACAGCAGCUGCCCAGCCUGGCCCUGGCGGAGCUGGGCCAGAAGGUGGAGUGCAGCCUGGCCCAGGGGCUGGUGUGUCUCAACAGUGAGCAGAGCCCCCCGCUCUGCCACAACUACGAGAUACGGGUGCUGUGCUGCGAUUAUGUGCCCUGUGCCACACCCCCAGCCCCCACCACUCCCAGGCCCGCCCAGAGCAGCACCACCCUGGUGCCACCUCCGGCAUCCCCGCCCACCCCCACAGGGACCACACCCGCCUCCCGGCCCACGGCGGCCUCCCCCUCACAGGCCCCAUCCAGUGGGGCCCCAGAGGCUACCAGCUGUCAGCCCCGGUGCCAGUGGACAGAGUGGUUCGACACGGACUACCCCGAGUCCGCGGAGGACGGCGGGGACGUGGAGACGUAUGACAGGAUCCGGAGUGCUGGAGGCGACGUGUGUGCGCAGCCGCAGGACAUUGAGUGCCAGGCAGAGAACUUCCCAGACCAGGCCCCAGAGGAGCUGGGGCAGCGCGUGCACUGUGACGUCAGCUUCGGCCUGGAGUGCAGGAACCAGGAGCAGCCGGGACUGUUCAAGAUGUGCUACAACUACAGGGUCCGCGUGCUGUGCUGCAGCUACAGCCACUGCGGGCUGCCCACGACCAACAUGGUCACCUCCCCCACGGUUAACCGUGCCACCUCCCAAGUGCCCAACACUGCCACUUCCACCACCGCAAUCAGUGCCAUGGCCAACACCGCCACCACCAACUCUGCCACGCCCACUGCCACGUCCCCAGCCACAGAGCCCGGGACCAUGCCAGGGACUGCCCUGGGCAGCACCACAGCACCUGCCACCCCGCCAGCAGGUGCCACAUCACUGCUCCCCAGUCUCCCAGGCAGAACGUCAGCGUCCACCGUAGGCAGCCCCACGCCUGCUCCCGGCACCGCUACACCCAGCUCCCCAGGCCAGGCCAUGUCUGUCCACCCAAGUCACACAACCACACGGAGGGUCACUGAGUCAUCCUCCCAAGAAGCCACCCCCAUGCUGGUGACAGUGCAGAGAUCCACAACUCGCCCAGCAACAGGUGCCCAGGUGGGCGGGACCAGCACCGUCCCGCCAGGCUCCCCGACGCCCUACGUCAAGGAGACGAGCACCGAUGGGAGAGAGACCGGGCCGGCCACCGCCAAGGCCACCACCAGCACAGGGACAACAGACUGCCAGCCUAGGUGCGAGUGGACAGAAUGGCUGGACGUGGACUUCCCCACCUCUGGCGUCAUGGGUGGUGACAUCGAGACAUUUGAGAACAUCCGCGCGGCAGGGGGCCGGCUGUGUGAGCAGCCGCAGAAGAUUGAGUGCCGGGCGGAGAACUACCCCGAGGUGAGCAUCGACCAGAUCGGCCAGGUGCUGACCUGCAGCCUGCAGACAGGGCUCGUCUGCAGGAACAGGGACCAGAAGGGCCCGUUCAACAUGUGCUUCAACUACAACAUCCGCGUGCUCUGCUGUGACGACUACCGCCACUGCCCCAGCACGGCACAGCCCGCACACACCCGCACAGCCACACAGCCCGCACUCAGCACCACGCCUACCGUGGGCACGCAGGCCUCCAGGUCCACGCCGGGCUCGCAAACCACCACCACCUGGCACGCUUCAUCCGGAAACUAUGAAACAGCCUCCGUGGUGACCCCCUACAGACAGACCACCUCCAGGUCCCCGGGCACCAGGAGCCCCUCGACCAUCACCCUGCCCUCACAGCCAGGCUCCGCCACUCCCACCCAGGCCACGUCCCCCAGCCAGGGCUGUGAGCCGCAGUGCACGUGGACAGACUGGUUCGACGAGGACUACCCCACUCCAGGCCCCAACGGGGGCGACUUUGAGACCUUAGCAGUCCUCCGGGACGCCGGCCACGUCUUCUGCGAGCAGCCGGAGGACAUCGAGUGUCGCUCUGAGCUGGAGCCGCAGGUGGCCCUGGAGGAGCUGGACCAGGUGGUGGUGUGCAAUGUGAGUGUGGGGCUGGUGUGUCGCAACCGCGAGCAGCCGCGGCCCCUUGGCUACUGCCACAACUACCACGUGCGUCUGCUCUGCUGUGACUACAGCCGCUGUGCCAGCUCGGCCGCCACCACCGCCACACGCCCCACCACCCCCGCCACCACCAGCACGCCCGUGGUCCCCACCACCGGGGCCAUCUCCCCUGGACAGCCGCUGUCCCCAGAAGCAUCCCCUGGGACCACGCUCCCACCCCCCAGCACAGAGACUGGCAUAACUCUAACUACCACUAAAAUGGGACUAAGCACUAGGUCUCUCCCGCCGUCCCCCACACCCAAGGCCACGGACUCUCCAGGGAGCACCCCCUCUGGCCCUUCCACGUCUGCCUCCACGGCUUCAGGCACCCCGGGCCCGGUCCAGACGACGCCCCUGCUGACUUCUGCACCCCCUGCCGCCUCCAUGACCCCCGGCACGGGGACCACUGCCUGCCAGCCCCGCUGCUCCUGGUCAGAAUGGCUGAAUGAGAGCAGCCCAGUGCCCGGGGCCACUGGCGGUGACUUUGAGACCUAUGCCAGCCUCCGUGCUGCCGGACAUGCCCUGUGCAAGCAGCCCGUGGCCCUGGAGUGCAGAGCGGCGGCUCAGCCCGACGUGCCGCUGUCGGAGCUGGGCCAGGUGGUGCAGUGCCGGCUGCAGGACGGCCUGGUGUGCCGCAACCGCGACCAGGCCGGCCGCUUCGAGAUGUGCCUCGACUACCAGGUCCGCGUGCUCUGCUGCGACUAUAGCCACUGCCCCGCAACCCCGGCCACCACCACCACCACCCCCGCCCCCAGCACCUGGCCCCACUCCGCGCUGCCCAGCAGCACCUCCACACAGUCACCCAUGGCUCCCAGCACCAGCCCUGCCGGGACCACCUCUGGGUGCCAGCCUGCCUGCCGCUGGACUGACUGGCUGGACUCGGACCAACCCCUGCCUGGCCGCUACGGGGGCGACAUCGAGACGUACUACCACAUCGAGAGCGUCCAUGGCCGGCUGUGCCCCGAGCCGGUGGCCAUCCAGUGCGAGGCUGUGCUCUUCCCGGGGCUGGAGCUGCAGCAGCUGGGCCAGGUGGUGCAGUGCGACGUGCACUACGGGCUCAUUUGCAGGAACAGCUGGCAGAUGUGGGGCCGCAACUGCCUCAACUACCACGUGCGUGUGCAGUGCUGUGAUGACUACAGCCACUGUGCCAGCUCACCCGCACCCGCCACCAGCAGCGGCACCAGCACUGGCCAGCCCACAUCAGAGGGCACACGUGUUGGGACAUCAGCAACCACCGAGAUGCGACCCUCUUCCCCUGUGGCCACCGCAAGUGCCACCUUGUCCACCACACAGACAAGAGUCUCCUCUCCAGGGGCCACGGCAAGUGCCACCAAGUCAACCACUGAGACGGGACCCUCGUCUCCAGGGGCCACGCCAAGUGCCACCAAAUCAACCACUGAGACGGGACCCUCCUCUCCAGGGCCUACACAAAGUGCCACUGAAUCCACCACACAGACAGGAGCCUCAUCCCCCAGGACCACCGAAAAGGUCUCUGUGCCUGGUCCCUCUCCCUCUCCCACAGUCCCCAGCAUAUCCACAAGGCCUGUGUCCUCCCUGGCCUCAGCAACAGUCUCUGUGGCCUCCACCCACAAACAGAACACCUCCAGCACCCUAAUUACAGUGACUCCCUCAGCCACCACACUUCCCGCCCGCCCCUCACAGCCAGGCUCUGCCACUCCCACCCAGGCCACGUCCCCCAGCCAGGGCUGUGAGCCGCAGUGCACGUGGACAGACUGGUUCGACGAGGACUACCCCACUCCAGGCCCCAACGGGGGCGACUUUGAGACCUUAGCAGUCCUCCGGGACGCCGGCCACGUCUUCUGCGAGCAGCCGGAGGACAUCGAGUGUCGCUCUGAGCUGGAGCCGCAGGUGGCCCUGGAGGAGCUGGACCAGGUGGUGGUGUGCAAUGUGAGUGUGGGGCUGGUGUGUCGCAACCGCGAGCAGCCGCGGCCCCUUGGCUACUGCCACAACUACCACGUGCGUCUGCUCUGCUGUGACUACAGCCGCUGUGCCAGCUCGGCCGCCACCACCGCCACACGCCCCACCACCCCCGCCACCACCAGCACGCCCGUGGUCCCCACCACCGGGGCCAUCUCCCCUGGACAGCCGCUGUCCCCAGAAGCAUCCCCUGGGACCACGCUCCCACCCCCCAGCACAGAGACUGGCAUAACUCUAACUACCACUAAAAUGGGACUAAGCACUAGGUCUCUCCCGCCGUCCCCCACACCCAAGGCCACGGACUCUCCAGGGAGCACCCCCUCUGGCCCUUCCACAUCUGCCUCCACGGCUUCAGGCACCCCGGGCCCGGUCCAGACGACGCCCCUGCUGACUUCUGCACCCCCUGCCGCCUCCAUGACCCCCGGCACGGGGACCACUGCCUGCCAGCCCCGCUGCUCCUGGUCAGAAUGGCUGAAUGAGAGCAGCCCAGUGCCCGGGGCCACUGGCGGUGACUUUGAGACCUAUGCCAGCCUCCGUGCUGCCGGACAUGCCCUGUGCAAGCAGCCCGUGGCCCUGGAGUGCAGAGCGGCGGCUCAGCCCGACGUGCCACUGUCGGAGCUGGGCCAGGUGGUGCAGUGCCGGCUGCAGGACGGCCUGGUGUGCCGCAACCGCGACCAGGCCGGCCGCUUCGAGAUGUGCCUCGACUACCAGGUCCGCGUGCUCUGCUGCGACUAUAGCCACUGCCCCGCAACCCUGGCCACCACCACCACCACCCCCGCCCCCAGCACCUGGCCCCACUCCGCGCUGCCCAGCAGCACCUCCACACAGUCACCCAUGGCUCCCAGCACCAGCCCUGCCGGGACCACCUCUGGGUGCCAGCCUGCCUGCCGCUGGACUGACUGGCUGGACUCGGACCAACCCCUGCCUGGCCGCUACGGGGGCGACAUCGAGACGUACUACCACAUCGAGAGCGUCCAUGGCCGGCUGUGCCCCGAGCCGGUGGCCAUCCAGUGCGAGGCUGUGCUCUUCCCGGGGCUGGAGCUGCAGCAGCUGGGCCAGGUGGUGCAGUGCGACGUGCACUACGGGCUCAUUUGCAGGAACAGCUGGCAGAUGUGGGGCCGCAACUGCCUCAACUACCACGUGCGUGUGCAGUGCUGUGAUGACUACAGCCACUGUGCCAGCUCACCCGCACCCGCCACCAGCAGCGGCACCAGCACUGGCCAGCCCACAUCAGAGGGCACACGUGUUGGGACAUCAGCAACCACCGAGAUGCGACCCUCUUCCCCUGUGGCCACCGCAAGUGCCACCUUGUCCACCACACAGACAAGAGUCUCCUCUCCAGGGGCCACGGCAAGUGCCACCAAGUCAACCACUGAGACGGGACCCUCGUCUCCAGGGGCCACACCAAGUGCCACCAAAUCAACCACUGAGACGGGACCCUCGUCUCCAGGGGCCACGCCAAGAGCCACCAAGUCAACCACUGAGACGAGACCUUCGUCUCCAGGGGCCACGCCAAGUGCCACCAAAUCAACCACUGAGACGGGACCCUCGUCUCCGGGGGCCACACCAAGUGCCACCAAAUCAACCACUGAGACGGGACCCUCGUCUCCGGGGGCCACACCAAGUGCCACCAAAUCAACCACUGAGACGGGACCCUCGUCUCCAGGGGCCACGCCAAGUGCCACCAAAUCAACCACUGAGACGGGACCCUCGUCUCCAGGGGCCACGCCAAGUGCCACCAAAUCAACCACUGAGACGGGACCCUCGUCUCCAGGGGCCACGCCAAGUGCCACCAAAUCAACCACUGAGACGGGACCCUCGUCUCCAGGGGCCACGCCAAGUGCCACUAAAUCAACUACUGAGACGGGACCCUCGUCUCCAGGGGCCACGCCAAGUGCCACCAAAUCAACCACUGAGACGGGACCCUCGUCUCCAGGGGCCACGCCAAGUGCCACCAAAUCAACCACUGAGACGGGACCCUCGUCUCCAGGGGCCACGCCAAGUGCCACCAAAUCAACCACUGAGACGGGACCCUCGUCUCCAGGGGCCACACCAAGAGCCACCAAGUCAACCACUGAGAUGGGACCCUCGUCUCCAGGGGCCACACCAAGUGCCACCAAAUCAACCACAGAGACAAGACCCUCCUCUGCAAGGGUCACUACAAGUGCCACUAAAUCAACCACGCAUGAAGGACCCUCCUCCCCAGGGGCCACAUCAAGUGCCACUAAAUCAACCUCUGAGACUGGACCCUCGUCUCCAGGGGCCACAUCAAGUGCCUCCAAAUCAACCACAGAGACAGUAUCCUUCUCUCAUGGAGUUACCACAAGUACCACCUUUCCUACCCCAGAAACAGAAGCACCUACCCCCAAGGCCACUCCUUGGAUAACCAUGUCUAAUACGGAAGCAGGAUCCUCUUCAUCAGAACCCACCACAAGCGCCACUAAAUCCUCCACGCUGACUGGACCUUCUUCUCCAAGGGCCACACUUAGUAUCACUGAAUCCACUACACAGACAGGAGCCUCAUCCCCCAGGACCACCGAAAGGGUCUCUGUGCCUGGUCCCUCUCUCUCUCCCACAAUCCCCAGCACAUCCACCAGACCAGCCUCCUCCCUGACCUCAACCACUGUCCCCGUGGUAACCACCCACAGACAGACCACCUCCAGGUCCCCGGGCACCAGGAGCCCCUCGACCAUCACCCUGCCCUCACAGCCCAGCUCCUCCACUCCCCCCGAGGCCACGUCCCCCAGCCAGGGCUGUGAGCCGCAGUGCACGUGGACAGACUGGUUCGACGAGGACUACCCCACUCCAGGCCCCAACGGGGGCGACUUUGAGACCUUAGCAGUCCUCCGGGACGCCGGCCACGUCUUCUGCGAGCAGCCGGAGGACAUCGAGUGUCGCUCUGAGCUGGAGCCGCAGGUGGCCCUGGAGGAGCUGGACCAGGUGGUGGUGUGCAAUGUGAGUGUGGGGCUGGUGUGUCGCAACCGCGAGCAGCCACGGCCCCGGCGCUACUGCCACAACUACCACGUGCGUCUGCUCUGCUGUGACUACAGCCGCUGUGCCAGCUCGGCCACCACCACCGCCACACGCCCCACCACCCCCGCCACCACCAGCACGCCCGUGGUCCCCACCACCGGGGCUACCUCCCCUGGCCAGCCGGAUAUGAGCCUGUCGACCGCUCACCCCACGGUCUCCAGUCUGGAGCCCGCCACCAGCCCCAGCUCUGCGGCCCCCACUUCACACUGCUUCUGUCAGGCAUUUGGACAGCUCUUCUCGCCCGGGGAUGUGGUAUACAACAAGACGGACAGAGCCGGCUGCCGCUUCUAUGCCAUCUGCAAUGAGCACUGUGCCAUCGACCGCUUCCAGGACACCUGCCCCAGCCCCUCGCCCCCCACACCCUCCGUCUCCACACCUCUGCCCUCCCUGGCUCCAGGCUGCGACUUCGUCGACCCUCCCCGACAGGUGAAUGAGUCGUGGACCCUCGAGGACUGCACCGUGGUCCGCUGUGAGGGACACAACCGCAUCGUCCUGCUGGAGCCCACGCCUGUGGCCCCUGUGACCUGCGUGAAUGGGCUCCCGCCAGUCAAAGUGGGCCACGAGGAUGAGCCAUGCGACUACCACUACGAGUGCGAGUGCUCCUGUAGUGGCUGGGGUGACUCCCACUACUCCACCUUCGAUGGCACCAGCUAUUCCUUCUCCGACAAUUGCACUUACAUCCUGGUGCGGGAGAUCCGCCCGCAGCUCAGGAACCUCAGCGUCCUCCUUGACAACUCCUUCUGCGAGGCCUCCCCACCUGCUGCCCGCUGCCCCCGCGCGCUCCGUGUGCAGUACCAGUCCACAGAAGUCAUCCUCAGCACCAUCACCAGCCCCAGCGGCCAGCGGGAGAGCCUGAUCCUGUUUGACCAGAUGCGGGUGACCCAGAGCUUCAGCAAGAAUGGCGUGCAGGUGUCAGCCGCGGUGGCCACGGCCAUGAGCCUGGCUAUCCCGGUCAUCGGCAUCAGCAUCACCUUCGACGGUCAGGCCUUCCAGAUCCAGCUGCCCUACAGCCUCUUUAGCCACAACACAGAGGGCCAGUGUGGCACCUGCACCAACAGCCAGGCAGACGACUGUCGGCGGCCAGAUGGUACCAUGGCCCCCAGCUGCCAGGACAUGGCCAGCUCCUGGCUGUUCCCCGAGAGCAACAAGGAAGGGUGCUGGGCCCCGCCCAGCCCGCCCCCCACUGCCAGCCCCUCACCGGCGCCCACCAUGUCCACACCCACCCCAUGUCCCCCGGAACCCCUCUGUGAGCUGCUGCUGAGCGAUGUGUUCUCCGAGUGCCGGGACCUCAUCCCGCCCGAGCCCUUCCUCAGUGCCUGCCUCAGCGACAGCUGCCGGACCAGCCACCCAGCCACACCCUGCCAGAGCCUGGAGGCCUACGCUGCACUGUGCCGGGGCCGGGGCGUGUGUAGUGACUGGAGGAAUGCCACGGGCGGGCUCUGCGACCUCACCUGUCCACCUGGGAAAGUGUAUGAGCCGUGUGGCCCCGCACAGCCGCCAACCUGUGACUCUGGGGCCCAGAGCCCCGUAAGCACAGCACUGGCAGAGGGCUGCUUCUGCCCAGAUGGCCAGACCCUGUUCAACGCAUACACGGACGUCUGUGUGCCCCAGUGCCCCUGCGUGGGACCAGAUGGGUACCCCAAAUUCCCAGGGGAGCAGUGGGUGAGCAACUGCCAGGAGUGCGAGUGUGCCGGGAGCCCCGUAUCCGUGCGCUGCACCCCCCUGCCCUGCCCAGUCCAGGACCUGCCCCCCGAGUGUGGCCUGGCUGGCUUCGUGGCUGUGACCCGACCCCGGGUGGACAAUCCCUGCUGCUCAGAGACGCUGUGUGUCUGCAACACCACCACCUGCCCGCAGAACCCUCCAGAAUGUGGGCCGCAAGAGGAGCUGAUCCUCACCCAGGAAGGGGGCAACUGCUGCCCUACUGUCACCUGCCGGCCUAAGCUGUGUGAAUACAAUGGCACAGUCUACGGGGUCGGUGCCACCUUCCCAGCAGUCACUCCCUGCCACACGUGCACCUGUCUGUCCACGGGCACCCAAGAGCCAACCAUACACUGUGAGAAGGACACGUGCAUGACCACCUGCCCCCAGGGCUUCCACUACACGGCUGUAGCCGGGCAGUGCUGUGGGGAGUGUCUGCAGUCAGCCUGCUUCACGCCUGACGGUGGGCAGAUACAGCCCAACGAGACCUGGCCCAACAACCUGGACAACUGCACAGAGUACCACUGCGAGGCUGAGAAUGGGCGCUUCUUACUGAUGCUCAGGCCCACAGCCUGCCCAGAUGUGUCCAGCUGCAGGGGCAUCCUUAGGAAAUCAGGGUGCUGCUAUACUUGUGAGGAAGAUGUGACAGGUUCCUGCCAUGUCCGUGCCAACAUGACGGUCCUGCAGCAUGGGGACUGUGUCACUGAAGUGGCAGUCAAUGUCCCCUUCUGCGAAGGCUCCUGUCCAGGCAUGUCCAGGUAUGUGCCGGAGGCCCAGGCCAUGCAGCGCCGCUGCACGUGCUGCCGGGAGAUGCAGACACACCAGCGAACAGUGACCCUGCACUGCCCGGACAGCACCACCAUCCAGCACAGCUACACUUACGUGGACUCGUGCAACUGCGAGCAGGCCUGCGUCCCUGAGGCAGCCCCUGACAGCCAGCCCAGACUCAGCACCGCUGAGUUGGCCCGCUAGGGGCCAUCAAUGAGGAUGCCCCUUGCCCCCACUCAGACACCAGGGCUGGAGUGACUGCGGCCCUCCACACCCACUCCCUCCACUCUCAAAGGGGUGCCGAGAGCCCAGACGUGCCAACAUGCACGCAGCCUGGGGCUCUCCAGAGCUGAGGUGGGGUAUCGGGACACAAAUAAAGGA